GGUGAUACGUCACUUCUACGCCGUAGCUGAUUCUGGACCGGCCGGGUGAAGGAGAGAUUUAGGAGUCAUGAGAGGAAUCCGGUCCCUGAAUAAUUUCUCGAAACGCUGCUAUGCUGCUGCUAGACGGAGGGAAACUCUGACUGAGCCGCUGGAAAGCCUGAAACCCUCCAAACCUCUCCCUCCACAAGACGUCCAGGUGUCAAAACUCCCAAAUGGUCUGGUGAUAGCUUCAAUAGAAAACUACUCCCCAGUUUCCAGUGUGGGUGUGUUUGUAAAGGCUGGGAGUCGCUAUGAGACGGCAGAAAACCAAGGUGUUUCUCACGUGUUGCGGCUGGCAGCGAACCUGACAACAAAGGGAGCAUCUGCAUUCAAGCUCUGUCGUGGGGUUGAAGCAAUAGGGGGAAGCCUGAGUGUGAAAACGUCACGAGAGACCAUGGUCUACACCGCAGACUGCCUAAGAGACGACCUAGAUUCUCUGUUGGAGUUUCUAAUCAAUGUGACAGCAGCGCAGGAGUUCCGGCCAUGGGAGUUACAAGACCUAAUAACCAGGGUACAGAUAGACAAGGCUCUGGCUCAGCAAUGUCCUCAGAUAGGUGUAAUCGAGAAGUUGCACGAAGCAGCAUACAAAAAUGCCCUCUCCAACUCCCUGUACUGCCCUGAUUACAUGGUUGGUCAGAUCUCUUCUGAACAGCUACAGUCAUUUGUUGGUGAUCAUUUCACCACUGGCCGAAUAGCUUUAGUAGGACUUGGUGUAAAUCACUCCAACCUUAGGAAAGUGGCUGAGGGUCUGAGUGUCCGCAGUGGAGCCGGAGCGCCUGUGGCUAGAGCUUUGUAUCGUGGAGGUGAGCUGCGAGUGCAGAACAAUGACGACCUGGUCCAUGCGUUGAUCGUCAGUGAGGGUGGGGUGAUAGGCAGUGCCGAGGCUAAUGCCUUUAGUGUGCUGCAAAGGAUCCUGGGAGCAGGUCCCCAUGUGAAGAGGGGGUCCAGCAUCACCAGCAAACUGAGCCAGGGUAUUGCCAAAGCUACAACAAAGCCAUUUGAUGCCACCGCCUUCAAUGCCUCAUACUCGGACUCUGGACUGUUUGGCGUCUAUACCAUUUCACAGGCUGACUCUGCAGGAGAGGUGAUUGAAGCUGCCCUGAGUCAAGUGAGAGGUGUUUCACAGGGAAAUGUGUCAGAAGCUGACAUUACUAGAGCAAAAAAUCAGGUGAAGGCGGAGUAUCUCAUGUCAAUCGAAGGCUCUGAUGGAUUGAUGGAGGAGCUGGGUACUCAGGUUCUGACCACUGUAGCAUACCAGGCUCCUGACACUGUCCUCCAGGCUAUAGAAGCAGUCAGCCAAGAUGCUGUAGUCCAGGCUGCUAAAACGUUUGUAGAUGGCACAAAGACGAUGGCAGCAAGUGGACACCUCAUGAACACACCUUUUGUGGAUGAAAUUUAAAAAAAAAAAAUUAACAAUUAUUUUAUCUUGAGCCUGUUGUGUCUGCAAAUUUCCAAAGUAAGAUCUUCAAAGCUGGAAUCUUUUGCAGUAAUUUAAUAAAUGUCAGUAAUCAUUUACCUGCCCUGCAGUUUGUGCAUACACAGAGAGCCACAAAAACACAAUGAAGUUUGUCUUGUGGGUUUUUUGUUAAUUUACAUGUACAUCAAUGUAAAAUAACAGUAAACUUGACUAUACUCUUAUUCUGUAUCUUUAACUGAAAUCAGUUAUGUAUUAGUUCAUGUAGUUUGAUAAAUUAUGCGGACUGCUUUGCAUUAAAUAUCUGAUUACAAAUGAAA